CAGCAGAGAGCAAAACAUAAGUGACUCGGCCAUAAGGGAAGUCUAAGCAGAAGAAAAUAUGAAAGUUCUCUUGGUGUUGUUUGUUUUUGCCUUCCUUCAGUACUCUUCUUACAGUGUUCAGGUUCAGGAUGGAGAUGUGUCAUUCCCAUUGGAAUCAGUAAAAAGACUAUGGGCCCUAAUGGAUACUGCAAGGAAUCCCAACAUGGCUCCGGUCAGUUUUCAAGCUUUGUGUGCAAAUGUUGCCCUUCCAGAGGAAUUCAAAGCCCUUUGUGAAAAGCAAGAAGCCAGUGCUAUCUUCUACAGACUUGGGAGACUAUCGGAAGAAGCAGAUCUUUGUGAAAUCUGUUCAAAUGCAGCCUGUACAGGAUGCUUGUAGAAAGUCUGGAGAACCUUUCUUUGCGACUCUCACUCAACUAAAUUUUAGCUUUCUGAAUUCCUGUCCAAAUAUUCUCAAAAUGAACUUGCAAAGAGAUGUGCAAAUUUGUUAGCUUAUUAAAUCGUUGUGAGAUUUACAUUCUCAAUAUCUUUUUUCGUGCUCUACUUGUAGUAACAAAUGAUGGUCAGUAGCGGGUACCAAACAGCGACUGGCAAUUAACACAAAUUGAUCUUUCCAUCCCAUUUAUAAUCCGCUUAUUUAUUUCGGGACAAUGUCCAGGCAUCAAUGGACAUAAGGCAGGAAAUCAUCCUGGAUGGUCAGUUCGUUUGUUACUUGCUAUCUGCUGGCCAGUUCAGAAUCAGCAAUUAACCUAACAUGCAAACCUUUGAAACGGAGAGAAACCAGGGAGACCAGUGAACCACCCACACUAAGAGAAUGUAAAACUUCCAUGCAUAUGGUGAUUAGUCUGGGAUUCUAACCCCGUUGGUAUUUUGCAAGGUGACAAAUGGACAAUGAACACUACUUAUUUUUAUCUCAGGCCCAAAGGAAGUCCAAAAACAUCUACACAAACCUCAAUAAAAAGCACAGAGAACAAAACACACACACAUUUUAGGGUGGAAAAUGGCACUAAGCUUAGCUUUUAAUGUUGAUCUUAAUUCUCACGUCUACAACAUCAAAUGGAAACAAGGUAGCUUCUGGUCUGACGCCGAGUCUCCUUGGCUCUCUGACUGGAGGCUGGUGACUUGGCUUGGAGAAAAGAUUCAAAAGGCUGGAUGGCAUAUUGACAACGUAGAUGGCAGCAAUGAAGUUCUGUAACUUGCUUCUUUCAUUAUCUUAUUCAAAUAUUAUUUGUA